AUGGAAUACCAUAGUACGGGCAGCCCAACCGCAAGGCUGGGCGGCUCUGUACCAAAUCCCACCGAUUUAUCUCGUCGAUUGCUGUCAACUCAGCAAGUGCAACAGGCGACAGAAUCCAUUAGUGACGACGAAAGUAUUAAUACCCCAGCACCGCGAUCCCGCUUAAAUAGUGUGACCCGGUUUGAUAACUCUUCUGGGGCUUCUUUUUGGGAGACCUUAUCACCUACUCCUAAGUCUCCUGUACUUCUUCAAUGUUGUUGCGGAAAAGAAACUUGUCAAAACCUAUUAGCAUUUCUAAGAAGCACUCGCUCAUUGGAAGAUGAGUUAAGGUUAGCUGCUGAGGUUGGACAAGCUCUUUUACAAAAACAACAAAAAUAUGAAAUAGAUCAAAAAAAAAUGGAAAGUUUCCGAUCAGCACUAGAAAUUCAGUGUGCGCGCUCGGAACAAAGUGUUCAAGAGCUCAAGGACAUGGUGUUCGAGCUUGAAGACACGCAAAGAAUAAUAACAAGGGAAAGAGAUGACACAUUGAGACAGAAAAAUCUUUUGGAUGAGAAAAAUGAUAUCUUAGUAACCGCUCUUGAUAAACAUGAUUCAAUGGUUCGGGACCUAAAUUCAGAAUUAAAAGAGCGUGACAACGAAAUCAAAAGAUUAAUGGCUUGUAAUCUUAAAGGAGAGAGAAGUGAGGAAAGGGAAGAAAUGCUAAGUAGACAAUUGGAAGAUCUGCAACAAGAAUUGGCGGUUUCUCGAAAAUCGGAAAUAGCUGCUGAAAUGAGUGUUAAACAAUUGAAAAAUAAAUUUGAACAAAUCGAAAUAAAAAAAUCAAAGCAAAAGUUGGAGGCCGUUGCUAUGCUUCGUGAGCCCAAAGAAAAUUAUAAGUCCUCUCCGUCAAAUAAUGAAGCAAAUAAUCAUCUUAUUGCAUUAAUUAAAGAACUUUCAUCUGCAAAUAAUAAAUUAAAAUCCGAAAAUUCCGAAUAUCGUGAACUUCUAUUAGAAUCCAGAAAUGAACUUAGCACUUUACAAAAUCGUAUUGAGGAUAUGGAAACUGCAAGUACAACUGGUUACGUUUAUCCUGCCAGUCAUGCAAGUUCCGCUGCAUUUGUUUCUUCUCCUUUUAAAUCAAAUUUUCCUCUACAUGUGUUGGAUGAAAGGGGAAUUUGUGGCGAAAAUUCAUCUAUUAUUGAAGUUGAAGAAAAUGGUGAAGGUUCAAAUUUUCCAUCUGGAUCUUCUACUAAGCCAAUUCUUCACAUGUCUCCUAUAUCAUCAUCAUUUAGUCAUGCUUCCCAUAAUACGUUCAAUAGCCUAGGCGUAGAUCCUUCGGCCCAUUCACCUGUUGGUUCUUUUAUUUCAACUUCAGCAUUAUCUAUUCGAGGAAGUAGUGUAUUUGGAGAGCUCGAAAAAUAUCUAAUGAAAAAAACAAAACAUAAGGGUGUUAUAAAGUCUGAACGUAACGGUAAAAGGAAGGGUAAAAAAGCAUUUUAUGAAAUUGGUGAGGAAGAUGAAGAACAACAUAAGGACAGUGCUCAAUCCGAUACCACUGAAAAGAAAUUUGAAAGAAAUUAUGAUGAAACUUCCGAUUCAGAUAUUAUAUACAGCGAUGAUAGUGGUGAAGAAAGAAAUCCCGAGGGAGACGUAAAAUAUUCGGAUAAAUCAAAGAAGGAAUCCAAGUCGAAGUCUACAAAAAGUCAAGGAAAAAAGAAGAUUCGAGCAUUUUCCUUACCAGUUCAAAAUGCUAAACAGAAUGUCUCCUUAUUAUCUGCCAGUCUCAAGAAAUCAGCUGCUGAAAAUUCUAAAGAUGAACUAAAAGGUGACAAAUCACUAACCAGGGAACCUUUAAGUAGUAUUAUUAAAAGGAAAAGUGAUUCUAAAUUCCCUUAUCUUCGUGAUCAUUCAGUUCCAAAUUUAUCUUCGAAGCGAGCAAAUGGUGUAAAACCCAUUUUAUCUCCCGGUUUGAAACAGCACAAACCUUCACAAUCGUCACCAUUGGCUGUAAAUCGUCGAGCAUCUACCGCUGCCCCAUCUUCGUUAUCAGUAAAAAUAUCUCAAUCUUCUAAUUCGCCCGCCGCGAAUCCUCCUAAAUUAAAAAAUAUUUCAACAAAACCUUCAAUACCUGCUUUCAAGAAUCCAAAAUUUGCAACUUUAAGGCCUAAGGAACGUAAACAAAUGAUGGAAAUGUGGCGCGCUGGAGUCGCAAAGGAACAGCUUAGUAACGAAGAUGGUGAAGAUAAUUAUGAAGAAAAUGAAACCUUCAAAGAUAAUAAUAGUGAUGUUGAAACUGUUAAGGGUAAAAGUCGGAUGGAUUCAAAGAAUUCGCCAAUUAAAGAAUUUGUAGAAGAGGUUUUGGUCGAUGAAGCUAAUGCUUCAGCUGCUGAAGCUGCCGCUUUUGCUAAUGAAGUUGAGAAUAGUUUGACAACUUCAGCAAAAUCUACCCAUUCUCGUCAUGCUUCAACAGCAACGCGAAAUACUUCAUCUCAUAUACCUUCAAUAAAGGUUCAAGGCGUUAACGAAAGUAAAGCCGACCCUCACCAACCUGAAUCUCCACAACAACAAAAUCCGUACCAAAUACUCUUUAAUAUCGGUAGUUCUAUUAUGGAUCGUCUCAAAGGCACAGACCUUUUAGCUUUGAACCGUCGGUUAAAGAGAACUUUUGAUAUAUUAGAAUUAAGCAGCUUAAGUAACAAUUUAAUUGAAAAUAUUUUAGUAGAUGUUGAAAAUCUUAGGGAAAGAUUCCGAUGGGUUGAAGAUUUGCGCAAAAUUGAAGAAAUAAAGACAGAUGGAAAGGAAGGUUAUAAUUCCGAUGAUAAUUCUAGUCAAAAAGAUCUAUUUACAUUUUCUCCCGAAAAUUUCUUACCAUUAACACAUUUCAUGCAAGACCUUUUAACUGAAGUUUGUAAGUUACGGAUGAUGAUUAAUGAAGUUCAAGUUGAAUACUUUCAAAAAGUUGAAGCGAGUCGAAGAAAAGCUGAAGAAGAGUUUGACAGAAGUUUGCAGAGUGGAAAGGAAGAAAACACGGAAAGAAGAGAAAGAGAGAGGCGUAGUCAAAGUAGUGACGAUGGAUUUGGUGCCUACUUUAGUCGGGUAUUAUUUGGAGGAUCUAAAGAAGUUCAAUCCCCACCAAGUUCUGCUCGUCAUCAUAGUCGAAGAUUAUCAGUAGAUUUUUUGCAUGAACGCGAUGUAUCCAUUGGUAGUAUUGAUACUUUUGCCGAGGAUUCAUAUUUUGCAGAUCGGAAUCUGGAAUCUUACACUAAUGCGCCAAAUACAUUGAGAGAUUCAAAGAGAAGGGAUAGUAAUGAAACAGUUGGUUCAAUGUUAAGAAGAAAUGUUGUUUCUUUUUUUGGAGGAGGUGGUGGUGGGAACAAUACUAUUCUAGGGAAGAAGAAUAUAGCAGAGAAGAAAGUCGGGAAAUUAGUGGACAGCGCAAGUGGGAAGAAGAAAUUCGGGACACUGACUGGUCGGAACGUUAGUGCAGAAUCUUUUCAACAUAAAAGUCGAUUAACCAGUAGUGAAAAUGGAUUGAUAUCAGCGUCUGUUAAUCGACACGGUGAUGGUAAUGAAAGAGGCUUGUUGGCAGAUGUAUCCACAUCAUCACCUAUAAGAUCUCCAACUUCAACAACCAUACAGUAUAUUGGAUCUGAUGGAUCACCCACAAUUCCACAACCUAUCUCACCACCACCACCAUUAACUACAACAACGCCGAAACAAACAAAGUUGUUGACAAAUAAUGGUAAUUUAGAAGAUCGUUUACGACAACAUUUGGCUUCCGCUACUCCAACAAAUACAACAGCAAUAAUAGCACGGGAACUAUUUGGUGGUCAAUAG